UUCAUCAACAUCGUCCUCUUCGUCUUCUUCUUCUUCUUUGCCUUGAGCAUUAUAUAUUGGGAUCAACACCACCUCUAUUUUCUGUACUGUUUGCUGGUCGUAUUGAGAAGUUACACAACAUAAUAUAGGGCCAAUCAUCCAUGGCCGGUUCUUAUUUUCUUGUGGCUUCACUUCUAGUUCUCUCUUGCUUGGCAGAGACUUGCUGUGCAACUGUGACCUUCUCUUCCCUUCAGAGAACUCUUGUGGUCACUGCUUCUCCCUCGCAAGGACAAGUGCUCAAAGCCGGUGAAGACCAAAUAACCGUAACAUGGUCAUACAACAGGAGCUUCCCGACGGGAACAGACUCGAGCUACAAGAUGGUGAAGGUGAAGCUCUGCUACGCGCCGGUCAGCCAACUGGACCGGGCAUGGAGGAAGACGGAGGACAAGCUAGAGAAAGACAAGACCUGCCAAUUCACCAUUGUUAAGAAGCCAUACAGCCCCUCUAACAACUCCUUCACAUGGACCGUCGAGAGGAACAUCCCAACGGCUACUUACUUCGUUCGGGCCUAUGCUUUGGACGCCCACGACGCCGAGGCUGCCUAUGGCCAGACCACGGACAGCCGCAAGGCCGCCAAUCUGUUCGGCUUGGAGGGGAUCACCGGCCGCCACGCCUCGCUGGACAUCGCCUCCGCCUGCUUCUCGGCCAUCUCGGUGCUGUCGCUCUUGGGAUUCUUCUACAUGGACAAGAGAAAGGCCAAGAUGGCCCAGCAGAAGUGAAGAGGAGAAGGAUAUAUAAUGCGCAUGCAGUUUAAUAUUUUAUAUAUAUAUAUAUAUGGAAGUUAAAAUGCUGUUUGUUUCUAGUUUUAAGUGUUUCAAGGUCUACUUUUUGUUU